AUGAAGAGGAGCAUGAGGAGUCAUCUGGCGAAGCAAACAAGAAGCGUUAUAUUCACAGGCUAUCCGGUAAUCGGAAGCCAAGACCGUAUAAUGUCGUCUGGUGCGUGUCUAGACAGUCAUCAGAACGGAUUGAUUACAUCUUGUCCUUGGGAUCCACGCAUUAAAGGCGAGUUCUUUUACCAAACAGCAUUAAGUGUUCCUCUCACACAUGUCAAAGAUUUCAUCAACGACAUUAAAGCACUUGUGAAGAUUGAACCAAAAUCUCUCUGUGGCCUUGAACUCAACUAUGGUGUUCUAGUCCGUUAUGUCACAUCCUCUCCGGCUUAUCUAAGGAAAGAAGAAAAAGCUUUAGACUUUGACCUAACUUACUACAGAAGCAAAGAUGAUCCUUGGACACCACGUCUCUACGAGGAUUACAUGGAAGAGAUUGAGCAAAUGGCGAUAUUAAAGUACAACGCGUUGCCUCAUUGGGGAAAAAAUAGGAACCUAGCUUUUGAUGGUGCCAUUAAAAAGUACAAGAACGCAAACACGUUUUUGAAAGUCAAGGAGAGAUUAGAUCCGUGGGGGUUGUUUUCUACAGAAUGGACCGAUCAGAUUCUAGGGUUAAAAGGAAACGUGACGAUUGUGAAGCAAGGAUGUGCACCGGAAGGGCUGUGUAUUUGUUCGGAUGAUUCUCAUUGUGCUCCGAACAAAGGUUAUAUGUGUCGACCAGGUAAAGUUUACAAAGAAGCUAGGGUUUGUACUCUUGUAACCGCUUAA